AUGGUGGCGGCUUCCGAAGAUCCAAUUGUAGUCGAUAGUCAGCCUUACGGAAGUUUUUGGGAAAAAGUCCGAGCCAUUUUCUACGAGUUAAUGGAAAAUGAAACUCGAAACGCCGAUCAAAUUACUUUGAAAUGGCGAGAUAUUCGACUAAAAUACACCGAGUUUGGAGGAAUCUACAACAACCUCCUAAACAUACGCAAAAGCGGUUCGAACGAUUUUGAUGUUUUCAAGGCGGCCAUGGAGCAAUUUGAAAAAACAACGCCAACAUGCAAAGUUUUUCUGUAUAUGAAACCGUGGCUAAAACUGAAAGACGCCCCAAAAUGGAAAGAGCAAACGGAAGGAACUUCGCAAUCUUCCGGUUCAAAGCGUUCGAGAAACCCCAAUGCAACUUCCCAACAAUCGAACGGCCGAACACACAUUGACAUCAAUGACGAUCCGCUAGAUCUUGAAAACGACCAACCUCUUCGCCGGCCCGUUGGAAGAAGUAAAACAAAAAAAAAAGCGGCGUCAACAUCUUCGAAUUCUAGUGUUAUGGAUAUGUUUGGCGAUAAAUUUGAUCAAUAUGUGCAACUUCAAGAAACGAAGGCCGAGGUGAUGACUCGGGUGGAAAUCUUGAAACUAAAAGCGGACGACCUCAAGGGCGAAGACUUUGAACUUUUCCAAGCGAUGAAAGAGUCGGUUCGAGCCCGACGUAGGCGUAUGGAGUAG